AUGGUUAACGAAAAGCUCAUUUGCGUCAUUGGCGCGACUGGUAACCAAGGCGGUUCAGUUGCCCGUCGAUUCCUCCGCGCAGGUUUUAAAGUCCGUGGUUUGACCCGAAACCCAUCCUCCGAUUCGGCCAAAAAUUUGAACGCGGCUGGUGCUGAAGUUGUUUCAGUCGAUUUGGAUGACAUAGAGACACUUAAAGAAGCAUUCAAGGGCGCCAACAUCAUCUUCAGUGUGACGAACUACUGGGAGCCCUUCUUUAGACCCGAUUGCCGACUGCAGGCUGCCAAGGAAGGCAUCUCGUGUCGCAAAUUUGCCUACAAUGUCGAAGUUCAGCAAGGAAAGAAUAUCGUCGAUGCCGCUGCAACUGUGGCUGAGGGUCUUGACAAGAACGGCUUCUUAGUCUCAACGCUGAGUCAAGCUGAAAAGUGCAGUGAGGGGAAAUUCAAGGAUUUGUAUCACUUUGAUGCAAAGGCUGAUGUGUUUCCCGCAUAUGUCGAGGAGAAAUAUCCCGAACUUGCUGCCAAGAUGUCAUGCAUUCACACAGGCUACUUCUUCACCAGCUUUAACAUUCUUCCCGACUCUUAUAUGAACAAGUUGUCUGAUGGGUCUUUUGAGAUGUCCUUCACAACCACCCCCGACGCCAUAGUCCCCCACUUCAACCCGGUAGACGAUAUGGGCAACUUCACUUAUGCUGUCUAUCAAAUGCCCCCAGGCAAGGCAUAUAUGGCUGCAGGUACUUUCUGCACAUGGCCCGAAUGGAUCGAAACAUGGGGGCGUAUCAAUAAUGUUCCAGUCAAAUAUCGACAGAUUACGCCUGAUGAGAUGACUGAGGCUACACCUGAUAAGGACGCAGGCAUUGAGACGGGACUCAUGUUCUCGUACACUUCCAACCCGGGAUAUGAUGGCGGCAUGGAGUUGCUGACUGCCAAGGAUAUCGAAAAGGCUGGCAUUGAAUGCCCCAUGACUACAUGGGAGGAGUGGGCGAAGAAGUAUGACUGGUCUACGAUUCUUCAAAAAUAA